AUGCCCAGUGUAUUUUCCUCCUACUCUGCGGGGUCGUUCUACUUCACCAGAAUAUCUCUGUCCAUUUCAACAUUGAUCGUGACGGGGAUCCUUGUUUACUUUGCUGUCCAUCUACACUCGGAUGGAUACAAACUCCCUUACGCACUUUUAAUCCUUCUAAUCACAUGCUUCCUCACUCUCCUCAACCUCGCCUUUACGGGUAUCCUCUUCUGCCGCAAUAGCCUGCACCCUGUCGUCUCGAUGAUCUUCAACAUCAUCAUUUUCCUCCUCUGGGCCCUAUCCCUCGGCGUGCUGGGAUACAGCAUGAAAGGUACCCUCGCCACAACCUGCGAUGCCAGCAACUGGGGCACCUCGACCGGUAUCAUGGUCUGCCGCUUAUACAAAACCCUCUUCUCGUUCAUCGUAAUCUCGCUUGUCGUGACCUUCUUCCACAUCAUCCUAGACAUCAUAGCCCGCCGCGACCGCCACAACAUGUCUCGAUUCGGCUCUAUGCGGCGUGAUUAUGGCGAGGAUAUUAAGCUGCAUGAGCGCAACGAAAGCAGCGUACCCGCGCUCGCGACUGGCCAUUCUCUACCCCCGGUCCCGCCACCGGAGAAUGUGACUGGUCUUCGGGCUGAUGCGUAUAACGCGUUUGGGGCUGUGCGGCCAGAGGCAGUGCCGUUGCAGCAGAGGGAAACUGGGUACCAUCAUGGUCGGGAAAACGACUAUGGUAAUACUGCGAACUCGUACCGUGAUGGAUUUGAGCAUGAGUCACAGCAGCAGCAUCAUGUCGAGAGUAAUGAAUAUUAUGAUGGUGUCCCUGAUAUUCCUGCCCCUGGACCGAGAUGGGCGACUGGGGCGUCGCCGUACUCGCCAUUACACUCUCGAUUUGAUGAGCAGCAGCAGGUUUAUGAGUCGUAUCGACCACGCCACGCACACUCCCAGUGA